AGUGGGUCCGUCUGGAAUGCGUUCCCCCACGGCGCGGUUUCGGGCUCCAUCAGCGGCACCACCGCCGGGCGCGGGCGGCCCGGGCCGAUGAGCAAAGCGUGGCGGCGGGGCAGGAUGGAAGGCGGCGAGCACGGUGAGGAGGACGAUGGCGGCGGGCACGGCGCGCACAAGAAGAAGCACAAGAAGCACAAGAAGAAGCACAAGAAGAAGCACCACCACGAGGCCGCGGCUGUGCCCGAGGCCCCGCAGCCCGCGGCCGCCCCGCGGAAACCGCAGCUGAAGCUGAAGAUCAAAUUGGGGGGGCAGAUCCUGGGCACCAAGAGUGUGCCCACCUUCACCGUGGUCCCUGAAGCACAGAGUUCCCCCUCCCCGCUGAUGGUGGUGGACGAGGAGGAUGAGCCCACCGAAGGAGUUCCCAUUGAGCAGUACCGGGCCUGGCUGGAUGAGGACAGCAACCUGGACCCCUCCCCCUUGCCGGACCUGGACUCGGAGAGUUGCUUCCCCACCCGCGAGGAUGAGGAGGAGGAAGAGGAGCGUUGGCUGGACGCCCUGGAGAAGGGCGAGCUGGACGACAACGGAGAGCUCAAGAAGGAAGUGGACGAAUCCCUGCUGACGGCGCGGCAGAGAGCCCUCCUGCACAAGCAGCAGAGCCAGCCGCUGCUGGAGCUGCCCAUGGGCUACAAGGCCAAGGAGCUGACGGAGGAGAUGCUGGUGAAGCGCGAGGAGCGGGCGCGCAAACGGCGCCUGCAGGCAGCCAAGAAGGCGGAGGAGAACAAGAACCAAACCAUCGAGCGGCUCACCAAGACCCACAAAGCCAAAGUGAAGGCGCUGCGAGAGCGCCGCGCCCGGCCGGCCGCCUGCCCCGUGGUGCAGUACCGCAACGCCGCCGAUCUCAUCACCGUCUCCUUCCCCGCGGGCGCCGCGCUGCCGCUGCUGCCCAGCACCGCCCCCCCGGUGCCGCCGGCCGCGCUCUGCGGGGUCAGCGGCUGCGCCAACCGCCGCCGUUAUUGCUGCUCCCGCACCGGGCUGCCGCUCUGCAGCCUGGCCUGCUACAAGCGCAACCUGCAGCUGCAGGAGGCCGCCGCCUGACCGCGGGCUGGGACCGACGCUGCGGGACGGCACGGACGCCGGCCGG